AAACAGAAUCGUCCUUUUCCGUCGAUCCUUCCAUCUCGGAGAAUCUGCUUCGCCUAUAAAACGCGUUUCGUUCUCAUAUUCUCUCUUGUCCUCUCCUUGUUUUUUCUGUUGCUUUUGUUCUUUCUUCUUUCACAAACAAGAGGAGUCGUGAAUACAGAUUCGAGAAUCGAUUCUACGUUACAGGCUCUGGUUCUCUCGUCUUCUUCAUCUGAAGACUCAACUGCUGAGGUUGGUUUGAUCCUCCUUCAGCACUUCCCACGCUUUAACUCUCCUGAGACUUGCUUAUUGAGCUAUUGGGAGAUGGCAGAGGAUGGUUACAAGGUGAUCUUGAAUGUUUAUGAUUUAAGUCAAGGACUUGCACGCCAGCUGUCCACUACGUUCUUGGGGAAAGCUAUUGAAGGAAUAUGGCACACUGGCGUAGUUGUGUAUGGGAAUGAAUACUACUUUGGAGGAGGUAUUCAGCAUUCUCCUGUUGGAAAAACACCAUAUGGAACUCCAAUACGUGUUGUGGACCUGGGUGUCACACAUGUGCCCAAGGAGGUCUUUGAGGAGUAUUUGCAGGAGAUAAGUCCCCGAUAUACAGCUGAGACUUACAGCUUGCUUACUCACAACUGCAACAACUUUAGCAAUGAAGCUGCACAAUUUUUAGUGGGCCUCACCAUUCCAGACUAUAUCCUGCAGCUUCCAAAUGAGGUCAUGAACAGCCCAAUGGGUCCUCUUAUAUUGCCCAUGAUACAGAACCUGGAAACAACAUUGAGAUCAGGUGCUGUCCCUCAAGCUCCUCAGUUCAGGCCUUCAAUGGCUCAGCCCUCCAGUGUGAAGACAGAUUCGGGCAAUCCCAACACAACUUAUAGAGGAUUAACAGCAAACAAUGCUGAAAGUCCUGUGAAAUCAAAAAAUCAAGGCUCCGGGAAUACUGGCAAGACAACAGGGAAACCAGUUGUGCCACCUGCUGUAAAGCCAGCUGGAUCACAAGGGAAGGUAGCCAAUGGGGUUGCUGGAGAUCCACUUGGGGAUGCCAGGAGCAAGGUGCAGGAAGAGAUAACCAAGGAGUUUGCAGCUAUAAUGGCUACUGGAACGCUACGGGCAAGUGAGGCAGCAGCCCUGGCUACCAGGAGAGUAAUGGAAAGACAUAGGGGGUUGAAUGUAGCCAUGCCCCACAGCUAAGAACCGCUGCUUGAUUGGACCCUUACAGAAUAUCUCUUCUCAAAUUUCCUGACCGUUUUUAGCGGUUGGAAUGGUAUUUGGAUUAACUGCUUACUAAUGAUGAUUCUCUUGCUGCUGUGGUGUUACUAAGUUUGGAGACAGGGAACUGAUAACAAAAUUGUUGGUCUUCGUGUAUUCUCAAACAGAAUUAAGAAAAUCUCUAAUCUUAUAAUCUAUCGUUUAUUUCUUCUUUAUAAA